AUGUAUGACGAACGACUAAAAUAUCGAAGUCACCGUAACGACGACGACUAUCACAUUGAUAGCAAUGGAAAUCCACCAUCGCGUGGUUUAGAAAAAUCUCGACAUUAUGCGAAUGAAGAGUAUUCAUCUUCAAAUCGAAUAGCUAAUGAUUGUUUGAAUUAUUCAUCGAUGAGAUUAGAUCGUCAAAAGACUAGUCGUGACAUUUACACACCUCCGUUAACUAAUCUAUCCGGUGGUCUAUCUCCAACUGAUCUGUACUAUAGUUCAUUAUCAACACGUGGUCGGAAUGCACUAUCGCAUUAUCCCAAUUCAGAACGGAGUCGAUACCCAUCACCACCACACCCACAUCCAUCAAUAUAUCGAAGAGACGCAUCUCCUCGACCAUCUUCAUCUUAUCGAGAAGAUUAUGUCCCUCGCAGUAAUCACAAUGAAUCAUAUGUUUCUGAUGAUUAUCGUUCGCUGACACCUGUAUCUCUACGCAGUAACACAGAUACGUACAACGACACGUAUCAAACAAAUGAUUACACCAGUCGGCCCGAGCGAUACGAUAUCACGCUAUUGCAAAACAUCUUUACUAAACGGAAUGGCUCGUCGAGAGAUUAUGCAAUUGCUUCUAUACCAUCGCCUAUCUAUCGUUCUGAUACAUAUCGAACAUCAUCAAGCAUUCCACUAUCUUCAUCAUCAUCGUCAUCAUCCUCACUCCCAUUAACUUCUUCAUCUUCAUCGUUAUAUACUACUCGUGAGCAAUAUAGUCAAGCGUUUCCAUCUGGCCAAGAAAUCGAUUAUCGAUCGCGAACUUAUGGAAUGGAAACACCGACGGAUUCUCGCCAUAUAAAUUCGAAUAAGACGUCGAGUCGUUAUUAUGCUGAGAAUGAAGACGAUCAGUAUCGUUCGUCGUCGUAUUCGAAUCGCUCGAAUUUCAAACGUUCAAGAACUAGUUACAUCGAAAACGAAUACAAACGAUCGCUAAGACGCUGGGAAUAG